AUGUAUGUAUAUAAGAAACUAUUUUAAUUGGUUUUUAUGCAUGCAAUUGCUUGACAUGUAUUUUUAUUCUACUGUUAAUUGCUCCAUGCUGCCUCCUGGGAAGUGGGUCAUAAAUGGAAUUAUAAAUAAAUGCUGUACUAGAGGUGCUUAUUGCUUAGUAAAACAACCUGGAAUUAGAAAAGGCAACAUGGUACCUCUUCCUUUGCUUCCCGUUUGCUUAUUGUCUUUGCCUGUGGUGACCAAAGAUGCAUAUAAGGAGCCUCAAACAUCAGAAAUUAUUUGAAACCACUGAAAUGAAGUAAUAUGUUGGAUUAUUAUAGAAUCAUAGAGUCAUAUGGUUGGAAGGAACUCUGAGGGUCAUCUAGUCCAACCCCCUACAAUGCAAUAAGCUCAUAUCAAGCAUCCAUGACAGAUGACCAUCCAACUUCUCCUUAAAAGCCUCCAAUGAAGGUUCCACCUUCCAAAGGAGUCUGUUCCACUAUCGAACAGCUCUUGCUAUCAAAACGUUCUUCCUAGUGUUUAGUCAGAAUCUUCUUGAAUCUAACUUGAAGCCAUUGGUUCAGGUUCUACCCUCCAGAGCAGGAGAAAACAACCUUGCUCCACCUGCCAUGAUCAGAUGUGCCCUCUUCUGAUUUUUACAGGGGGUGGUGUCUGAAUCAUGUUGCACUUUUCCCUGGGGAUAUUGCUGGGCCUUGCAGCCUGCUGUGCUUCCCUGGAUAACGGACUGCUGAAGACUCCGCCAAUGGGCUGGGUGCCUUGGGAACGUUUUAGAUGUAACACAGACUGCAAAAAUGAUCCUGACAACUGCAUCAGUGAACACUUGAUCAAGGCUAUGGCAGACAGGCUGGCUGGCGACGGAUGGUUGCGGCUCGGCUACAAGUAUGUCAACCUGGAUGAUUGCUGGGCAGCAAAUAAAAGAGAUGCGCAAGGCAGGUUGCAGCCAAACCCCGAAAGGUUCCCCAGUGGCAUUAAAGCCCUUGCCGAUUACGUUCACUCCAAAGGCCUGAAGUUUGGCAUCUACAGUGACCUGGGCAGCAAGACCUGCUCAGGCUACCCUGGGACGACCCUGGAUACUAUUGAGACAGAUGCGAAGACCUUUGCCGAGUGGGGGGUUGACAUGCUGAAGCUGGAUGGCUGCUUCUCCAAUUCUUCCAUCAAGGCAGCAGGCUACCCAAAGAUGAGUGCAGCACUGAACAAAACAGGACGGCCCAUUGCCUUUUCCUGCAGCUGGCCUGCCUACGAGGGGGGCCUUCCACCGAAGGUGAAUUAUACCUUACUUGGCAAAAUAUGUAACCUGUGGAGAAAUUUUGGUGAUAUCGAAGACUCCUGGGACAGCCUCUUCCACAUCAUUGAGUGGUACGGAAAUCAUCAGGACAUAAUUCAGCCUGUUGCAGGACCGGGAAGGUGGAAUGAUCCUGAUACGCUGAUCAUUGGUAACUUUGGCCUGAGCUAUGAGCAGUCGAAAGUGCAGGUGGCCCUGUGGGCGGUGCUGGCGGCCCCUUUCUUCAUGUCCUGUAACUUGCGGACUAUCUCGACCGAGGCCAAGAACAUCUUGCAGAACCCACUGCUCAUCUACAUCAACCAAGACAAUCUGGGGAUUCAAGGGAAGCGUAUUGCAAAGAGCCAACACUUGGAAGUAUGGAAGAGGCCCCUCGUCAAUGGCCAGUUCGCGGUAGCAGUGAUGAACAACGGCACUGAUGGAGCACCGAAGCCAAUUGUGACGACUCUGGGACUUCUGGGCAUUUUGGACUGCAAGGCAGGCUACAAGGUCUAUGAAGUGCUGGAAAAGUUGUUCAUGGGGACCUACAAGCUCAACGACCCCAUUCGCACCAAGGUCCCUCCGACCGGCGUGGUCCUGUUCUUCCUCAGGCCUUUGUGCUGAUCUUCCCUUUCCGCAAGGACUCAAUGUGCUUCAGAUGUCACACAGGAAGCCGACAGCUAAGGAAAUCAGCAGCCAAGGCACGAAAGCUUCUUCUUCCUCCUUGUGGAGGGCUUUGGCAACGGGCGCAGGAGAUAAACAGAACCAUGGAAAAGCUGGACCCUCCACCCAAUUUCUCUGGGUGUUUUGGGAAUAUUUAGAAAACUCUCUUGAGAAGUAUGUACCUACCUGUGUGGAAGAGAGUUGCAGGACCCCAAAGGAGCUGCCUCCACGGGAAUUACCUUUUCUGGAUUAACCUCACAAAACUGCACAAGAGGGAGGGUGCAAUUCCCACUGCUGCGCAGAGAGUUUCCACCAAAGCUUAUGCACAUGGCGCAGAAUGGCCCAUGUCUGUCCAUUGGCACCUUCAGCCAUGCAGGAAAACAACUGCUGCAAAAGUGUUGUGUGUGGCGCAGCCCUUGAAGAUAGCAGGAACCAGGGGCAGUUUGGAAGCUAAGCGCAUAUCCUUCCCUCCAUCCUCAUUUAGGAUUACCUGGAAAAUCAUGGAAGUGCCCUGUCCUUUGUCGCUCAGGUCUCCAGUCCCUCUCCCAAAUCAAUGAAGUCGUACUGGUUUUAAUUGUAUGGUUGUGUCCUCUGAUGGCCUGGCUCUCUUUCCAUUUCUUUCCGUUCAGAGAGAAGGGGUUCCCCCGUCUCCUGGGCUGCAGGAGCACAGCUUCUCUUUCUUACAAACCCUCUUUGUCUCUCUUACUGCAAGACAGCCCAACUCACACUGUGCUGCACA